GCCAAGAUGAUGGAGAUACAGAUUGACGAUGGGGUGGUGUAUCAAGAUGACUACUGUUCUGGGUCGGUCAUGUCGGAGAGGGUAUCUGGACUUGCCAGCAGCAUCUACAGGGAGUUUGAGCGUCUGAUACAAUGCUAUGACGAGGAGGCGGUAAAGGAACUGAUGCCUUUGGUAGUCAAUGUUCUGGAGAACCUAGAUGCUGUUCUGACAGAGAAUCAGGAACAUGAAGUGGAACUGGAACUAUUGAAAGAGGAUAAUGAGCAGUUGCUGACUCAGUAUGAGCGAGAGAAAUCUCUCAGGAAACAGGCAGAAGAGAAGUUCAUUGAAUUUGAAGAUUCCCUUGAACAAGAAAAGAAGGAUCUUCAGUACCAAGUAGAAACCCUUGAAUUCCAGUCCCGGCAGAUGGAGCUAAAAAACAGAAACUAUGCCGACCAAAUUUCCAGGCUAGAAGAACGGGAAUCUGAAAUGAAGAAGGAAUAUAAUGCUUUACAUCAGCGACACACAGAGAUGAUCCAGACCUAUGUGGAACAUAUUGAACGCUCCAAGCUGCAGCAGGUGGCCGGGAACAGCCAAUCAGAGAGCGGUGGCACUGGCCGCAGAAAGGAGCGUCCAACAUCCCUCAACGUCUUUCCCAUGACAGAUGGAAUGGUACGUGGGCAGAUGGGUGCAAAGAUCACCCCAAGCUCGGACCACUGGCACCUGAGCGACCUCAGCCAGCUAAAGUCCAGCUUCAGCUACAAGAAAUGUCCCCAGGAUGAGAUGUCAGAGUCUGGCCAGUCCUCUGUUGCAGCCACACCAAGCACCACAGGGAGCAAAUCCAACACUCCCACUUCAUCCGUCCCCUCUGCAUCUGUCACUCCUCUACAUGAGAGUCUACAGCCCCUACAGGACUAUGGCAUGACUGGCAAAAGCAAGAGGGCACGUGAGAAACGGCACAGCCACAACAUGGAGGUGCAGGUGACACAGGAGAUGAGAAAUGUCAGCAUAGGUAUGGGAAGCAGUGACGAAUGGUCUGAUGUCCAAGACAUUAUUGAUUCUACCCCAGAGCUAGACAUGUGUCAGGAUCCUAGGCUGGAACGCACAGGGAACAGUCCGACUCAGGGGAUUGUAAAUAAAGCAUUUGGCAUUAACACUGACUCCCUGUACCACGAGCUGUCUACAGCUGGAUCUGAAGUUAUCGGGGAUGUUGAUGAAGGAGCAGAUCUGCUUGGGAUGGGGAAAGAAGUAGGAAAUCUUCUUCUUGAAAACUCACAGCUACUAGAGACCAAAAACGCAUUGAACGUUGUUAAAAAUGACCUGAUUGCAAAGGUAGACCAGUUGUCUGGGGAGCAGGAGGUUCUGAAGGGCGAGCUGGAGGCCACCAAGCAGGCAAAGGCCAAAAUGGAGACCCGUUUAAAAGAGCUGGAGGAGGAGCUUAAAAGGGUAAAAUCUGAAGCCAUUGUUGCCCUCCAGGAACCCAAAGAGGAGGUGGAUGAAAGCUCCUCACCACUGCAGGAUAAUAUUCCCAUAGCACAGCGCAGACGGUUUACUCGUGUAGAGAUGGCCCGUGUCUUAAUGGAAAGGAACCAGUACAAGGAACGGCUGAUGGAAUUACAGGAAGCUGUUAGGUGGACAGAGAUGAUCAGAGCUUCUCGAGAGCAUCCAUCUGUCCAGGAGAAGAAGAAGUCAACCAUCUGGCAGUUCUUCAGCAGAUUAUUCAGUUCAUCAUCUAGCCCUCCGCCUUCGAAGAGAAAUUACCCCCCGGUCAACAUCCACUACAAAUCACCAACUCCAGCAGGAUUCAGCCAGCGCCGCAGUCACACCAUGUGCCAGAUCUCCUCUGGGGGGCGCACCAUUGAGUUCUUCCCUGACGACGACUGUACCUCCACUGCUCGACGUGAGCAGAAACGAGAGCAAUACCGCCAAGUGCGAGAACAUGUGCGCAAUGAUGAUGGGCGCCUCCAGGCCUGUGGGUGGAGUCUACCUGCUAAAUACAAACAGCUGAGUCCAAAUGGUGGUCAAGAAGACAACCGGAUGAAAAAUGUGCCUGUACCAGUGUAUUGCCGGCCCCUAGUCGAAAAAGAUCCCACCAUGAAGCUAUGGUGUGCAGCGGGAGUAGAUUUGACAGGUUGGAAGCCAUUUGAAGAGGAUUCUGGAAAUGGAGUCAAACAAAUUGUAGGUCGUGAUCCAUUAACCUGUGAUCGUGAGGUAGAAGGAGAAAGUAAGAGCACCCACACGUCCCCAGAGAAGAAAAAGACUAAGGAGCUACACGAAGCAGAUGCUACCUCCAGCCGUGUAUGGAUCCUCACCAGCACCCUAUCUACCAGCAAAGUGGUGAUCAUUGAUGCAAAUCAACCCGGCACACUGGUGGAUCAGUUUACAGUCUGUAAUGCUCAUGUACUGUGUAUCUCUAGCAUUCCAGCGGCCAGCGACAGUGAUUAUCCACCAGGUGAAAUUUUCCUAGAAGGAGAUGUUAACCCAGAGGACUCAGGAGACACAGAAGGUGUAUUGGCAGGGAUUACCCUGGUGGGAUGUGCCACGCGAUGCAAUGUGCCACGGAGCAACUGUUCCUCUCGUGGAGACACCCCUAUUCUGGACAAGGGACAGGGAGAAGUUUCUGCUGUGAGCAAUGGAAAACUUAACCAACAUCAAUCUGCAGAGGAAGCUACAGAAGCCAUGGAGGUUCCAGAAUCCUCUACCAGUGAAACAAAACCAGCUCAGGUUCGACCGGGGCCCCUUACAGAACAUGUGUUUACUGACCCAGCCCCUGUGGCUAAUGGCAGAUUAUGCAGUGAAAAUGGCCUUCUCAAACCAGAAGUGAAUACAGCACACCAGGAACCAGAAUCUAUCAACGAUGCAUCUGGGGGUACCAGCGCAGCUCCCACCAUGUGGUUAGGAACACAGAAUGGGUGGUUGUAUGUUCACUCUGCGGUCUCUAACUGGAAGAAGUGCCUGCAUUCAAUCAAAUUGAAAGACUCUGUGCUGAGCCUUGUGCAUGUUAAGGGACGCGUUCUAGUGGCUCUUGCGGAUGGAACGCUUGCCAUUUUCCAUAGAGGAGAAGAUCGUCAGUGGGACCUAAGUAAUUAUCAUUUAAUGGAUCUGGGACACACACAUCACUCCAUUCGCUGUAUGGCUGUGGUAUAUGACAGAGUUUGGUGUGGUUACAAGAACAAAAUACAUGUUAUCCAACCCAAAACCAUGCAGAUAGAGAAGUCAUUUGAUGCCCAUCCUCGUAGAGAGAGCCAGGUACGACAGUUGGCUUGGAUUGGAGAUGGUGUAUGGGUGUCAAUUCGACUUGACUCCACAUUGCGACUGUACCACGCACAUACGCACCAACACCUCCAGGAUGUAGAUAUUGAACCUUAUGUCAGUAAAAUGUUAGGAACGGGCAAGUUGGGCUUCUCAUUUGUACGAAUCACAGCAUUGCUGAUCGCUGGCAAUCGUCUCUGGGUAGGAACCGGAAAUGGGGUGGUCAUCUCUAUCCCACUCACAGAGACGGUAGUCCUUCAUCGGGGCCAGCUGCUGGGGCUGAGGGCCAAUAAGACUUCUCCUACGUCUGGAGAGGGAACACGGCCUGGAGGUGUCAUCCAUGUGUACAGCGAUGAGACCAGUGACAAGACGGCGGGCAGCUUCAUCCCAUAUUGCUCCAUGGCCCAAGCCCAGCUCUGUUUUCACGGUCAUCGAGAUGCUGUCAAGUUCUUUGUAUCUGUGCCAGGUAAUGUUCUUGCCACAUUGAAUGGCAGCGUGCUGGACAGUCCGUCUGAGAAUCCAGGCACACCUUCUACUGAAACAGAGGCGCAAAAACUUAAGAAUGUCCUGGUGUUAAGUGGAGGGGAAGGAUAUAUUGAUUUCCGCAUUGGGGAUGGAGAAGAUGAUGAGACAGAAGAACCCUCUAGUGACAGUGAAAACCAGGCCAAACCAGUGCUUUCUAAGGCUGAGAGAAGUCACAUUAUUGUGUGGCAAGUCUCCUAUGUCCCGGAAUGACAUGUAUCCACUUCCUCUUCCCAGAAUGCCAAGAUGCGAAUCCUGCCUCCAGCAUCCCUUCUACCAAUGGAACAACCAAACUAGAGCUUGGAUCUCGCACCAGAUAAUCUAUUUGGCCCAUGCUGCUUAAUACUCCCAAUGCAUAUAACCACCAACCUACUCAGCAUCUAUUUUUAGUAGACUAUCCCCCCACUUGCUUCAAGCUUGGUUGAACCAAAACAGGAUGUCUUGCUGCUUUUCUUCUGCACCAAAAACUUUUUUUUUCUUCAUUCCUGGAACAAAACAUAAUUUGUGACUGUGGUAAGGAAGAUGGGUUACUUACCUUUUCAAUCUCACAGGGAACUCUAAUGCACUCUCACCGGUCCCUAUGGUAUUGAAGAUGUUAUAUGUUGGUGUUGGACACAGAAGGACAUUUUUAUCUUUUUGUUUUGAUAAAGAAUUGUCAGUGAAUGAGGUCUUACAUUCACUUCCAUUUUACUAUUUAAAAAGCUCUUUUGAAUUUUAAACAAACUGAUCAGCCGCAUAUAUGUUAUAUAAUUUUGUAGUCAUACUACGUUUGUAACAUAACUCCACACAAUGCAAAACUCUGCAAACACAAUACACACAUACAUUUGGUUACAUAUUAUUCAUCCAAUUUUCCAAUGCAUGGUUGACCUUUUUGGAAUUGCAGCUUUGACACAGUUGGUCAUUAUUGAAACUGAUAACUCUAUGUGAUACUAAAAUAUAUUAACUAUGGUAAAAUGAUUGGCCCUAUAUUUCCAUUUGCUAUUAGGUUGGAGAAUGUUUUUUAUCGGUCUAGC